ACAGGUGUUGGAAGCAGCCCAUCCAGUCAGUGGGACUUCUGGGGGAGCACGCUAGUCACCAGCUCGUAUGUGCGUCUGACGCCUGAUGAGAGAAGUAAACAGGGAUCCAUUUGGAACACGGUGGUGAGUAAGGAACUAGCUUCUAUGAAAUGCAUUGUUAGACAUUACAGACAGAUACACAAACAAUAGACUCCACUCCCAAAUCCAUUAUAGCUUGAUUGGAGAAUAUCUACAUUUUGAACUGAAUAGGUCCAAUUGAUGGUUAAAUUGAUGAUCCGAUGUCAUUGUGCUUUCUCUGUGCAGCCUGUUUAUCUGAAAGACUGGGAGAUGCACGUGCAGUACAAGAUUCACGGGUCGGGGAAGAAAGAUCUCCAUGGAGAUGGCAUCGCCAUCUGGUACACUAAGGAGAGACUUCAUCCAGGUAAUGUAUCAUCUUGCCAAAAUAACAUCUUUGUCAUAAAUCACUUCCUUAUUCCAUUACAAAGCUUUGGCAAUCAAAUUAGUAGACUAGUCUAUGUGAUGUGGUAGCACUGGGUUGUAUUUCCCGUAAGCACUUCAGGUCUCAGUCAUGUGCUCAUCAUAUCUCGCCUCUUUGCCUUCCAUUCAGGCCCAAUCUUUGGAAACCAAGAUCAUUUUGUUGGCCUGGCUUUAUUUGUGGAUACCUUCCGCAAUGAUCUCCUUGGGAUGGAUGUAAGUGCAGCGUCUGGCUGGUUGACUUGACGUGAUUCUUCCCUUGCAGGGUCUGUGUUUGGCAGCAAUGCUAAGUUCCACGGCCUCGCCCUUUUUAUAGACACGUACCAUAACGAUGAGGCGGCUGACGUGAGUUGAUGCAGCUACAUUUAUCAUUAUUCUGAUGUGUUUCAUGUCAAUGUGAUGGAAGGAUUUUAAUGUGAUGGAAGGAUUAUAAUGUUAUGGAAGGAUUUUAAUGUGAUGGAAGGAUUAUAAUGUUAUGGAAGGAUUUUAAUGUGAUGUAUUUUCUUUUGAGUUUCUUUGUGUUCUUUUGUCAUAGGAAGCUUUUGAGUUGCCUUUGUUGCUUUCUGAGAAGGACCUUUUUUGUAACACCAUGAACAUCACCUUUUAAUAUGCUGCAUUCGGCUUAUUACACAUUUUGAAUUACGUGUACAAAUAUUUUUUGCAUCACAGCGUAAGAUGGAUUGAUUGGUAACUGAGUCAGGAUGUCUAUAACGAACAUUUUCCAGUUUUCUGUCCUUACAUCCCUUGUGUUCUCCACUAGCGGUCCUUCCCCUACAUCUCUGCCAUGGUGAAUAAUGGUUCUCUGCCCUAUGACCAUGGGAAGGAUGGACGUAACUCUGAACUGGGAGGCUGCUCUUCUGAGAUCAGGAACAAAGACCAUGACACCUACCUGGCCAUUCGCUACUCCAAGAGCAGGCUCACGGUAGGAAUCCCUUUUUUAAAUGAUAUAAAUGACUCCAGUCCAGACAUCUUGGACGGGUUUCCUAAACACAGAUGACGCUAACCCUAGUCCUGGAUUAAAAGGCUUAAUGGAGAUGCUCCUUGGAGGAUUCUCUUUGGUCCAGGACUAUUCUUAGUCUUUGUCCGGGAAACUGGCCUCUUGUGUUAUGAAAUUGAUGAAUUUCAAUGUUAUAGAGUACAUGUUAUGUAAUCGACGUGUUACAUUUCUAUUCAAAUAAUGGCAAUUGCUGAAUUGUACCAUUCUGAUCUCUACAGGUGAUGAUUGACAUUGAUGAUAAGAAUGAAUGGAAAGAGUGCAUUGACAUCAGGGGUGUCCACCUCCCCACAGGGUACUACUUUGGGGCUUCUGCUGCUACAGGGGAUCUCUCUGGUAGGUUGGGUCAGGUUGGAGCUUCUGCUGCUAGAGGGGAUCUCUGGUAGGUUGGGUCAGGUUGGAGCUUCUGCUGCUACAGGGGAUCUCUCUGGUAGGUUGGGUCAGGUUGUAGAGACUGGUUCUUGCUAGAGGGGAUCUCUGGUAGGUUGGGUCAGGUUGUAGAGACUGGUUCUUGCUAGAGGGGAUCUCUGGUAGGUUGGGUCAGGUUGUAGAGACUGAUUCUUGCUAGAGGGGAUCUCUGGUAGGUUGGGUCAGGUUGUAGAGACUGAUUCUUGCUAGAGGGGAUCUCUGGUAGGUUGGGUCAGGUUGUAGAGACUGAUUCUUGCUAGAGGGGAUCUCUGGUAGGUUGGGUCAGGUUGUAGAGACUGAUUCUUGCUACAGGGGAUCUCUGGUAGGUUGAGUCAGGUUGUCGAGACUGAUUAUUGCUACAUGGGAUCUCUGGUAGGUUGGGUCAGGGUGGAUUAAAUAGACUGAUUCUUUCAAGAUGUAGAUCUAAUAAUUUUUUUUAGGACUCGAACACAAAUGUAAAAACUGCACACUGAGAACGAUAAUGACUGACCUUGAUUCAAUUCUUAUUUUAAAAAAUCUCACUGUGCAGAGGAGUACGUACAGAUUGAACCAAUUACUUCGUUUGUCGUUUCAGUCUGGCUUUGUCAGCAUAAAAUCACCAUAGACUUCAGAUUUACAACUAACACAACUUUUCUCCCGCGUUACAGAUAACCAUGACAUCAUCUCCAUGAAGAUGUACCAGCUGAUGGUAGAUCACACACCUGAUGAGGACAGUAUGGACUGGACCAAGAUUGAGCCAAGCGUCAGCCUGCUGAAGUCCCCCAAAGGUUGGUCCAUUUUAUUUUCGAUAAAGAAAAAAAAAACCAAUUUCCAUUCUUUUUACAUUUACGUCAUUUUAGCAGACGCUCUUAUCCAGAGCGACUUACAGGAGCAAUUAGGGUUAAGUGCCUUGCUUAAGGGCACAUCGACAGAUUUUUCACCUAGUCGGCUCGGGGAUUAGAACCAGCGACCUUUCGGUUACUGGCACAACGCUCUUACCCACUAAGCUACCUGCCGCCUCUAAUCAAAUAGACAAUAAAGAUUGUAUUAUAUUUGACUACAGUCCGGUAUGUCAUCUUACUGUAGAUAAUGUACAGUUAGGUGAGUAGGCUUGUUAGAGUAAGAGUUAACCAUGAUCAUUCUUCUUUCAUUUUUCUCUUUCACAGACAAUAUUGAUGAUCCUACUGGUAACUUCCGAAGCACACCUCUUACUGGCUGGAAGGUCUUCCUGCUUCUGCUAUGUGCUCUACUGGGAAUUGUAGUGUGUGGUGUUGUAGGGGCUGUAGUCUUUCAGAAGCGCCAGGAAAGAAACAGGAGGUUUUACUAAGAGGAAAAUCAUAUUUCUGUAUGUGAGAGGUAUUUGUGAAAUUGACUGUUGCGAAGAAUACAGAUUCAACAACACAUUAAACGUUAAUUUUCUAAAGAUUGUACAAAUGUUUAUAUCUGCUGAAGCACUGUGACGAUGACAGUCACUUAUGGUAUCGUUCCAAUGUUUGUGAAAUAACCAUGACUAAUGGUUACUACCACAUGUAUAUGAGUGACCUUUUGAUGGAGGCAGUUUGACAUUUUUGUUUUUAUUCACCCUUGUACAGUACAGGGGAUAAUUGUUGUUGAUUUGGAUCGAUCUGUAAAACACUG